AUGGCUAGAAAGGCAAGUGAAUUAGAAGGUUGGCAAGUUAUAAUUACGGAUGAAAAUGGGAGCAUAGUCACAGAAAAGAGGAGAAGACCAAGAAGAGGUGGUAAUGUAGAAAGGGUAUUUCUUCAAAGGACAUCUGAUGCUAUAAGUUUUACUAGAGGUGAUAGUAUUAUUUUGAAAGAUGAAGUUACUCAGACAUAUUCUGUUUAUUUAGUUAAUGAAAUUCGACUGAAUACUUUGAAUCAUCCUGUUGAAAUCCUUGCAUUUUCUUAUUUAAGGUGGUUUGAACUUAAGCCGACUAUAUAUUACGAACAAUUAGAUUCAAAAAAUUAUGAUCCAGAAAAACCAAUGGAAUUUUAUAAGACAAAAUUCUUGGAGGAAGUUGAUCAAAAUGAAAUAUAUUUGACUGCUGAAGUAAAAGAAGUUUGGCUUCAAGAUUUUAUUGGUGUUGCAAAUGUAACUAGUGAUCUAAAUUGGAAAAAAAAUUCACGUAAGGAAGAAAAUGUGGAUUUCUAUGCUCGUUUUAUCUGUGAUCCUGCAGCAGAACAUUACUAUAGAAUCAAUUUCCAAGACGAGCGUAGGAAACUUGUCAAAUUCGAUCCAAAAACUUCUGAUGAUUAUUUGAAAAAGAUUUCAGUUUCUAAAACUUUAAGGUCAAAAAUUCCUUCUCAACACCAAAUUACAAGAGGUAAGAAUGAUGUUUCAUCUGAAAUUCUAAUGACAGACUUGAGCAAUGAACCAGUCAGCGAAGAUGAAGGAGAUUUAUCUCACGACAAUACUGAGAUAAAUACAAAAAAUAUCACAACAGGAAAUAAACCGAGGUCAGAAAUCAAUUCAAAAUCCGAAAACUAUUCUAAUGCAGAAGCAAAAAAUGAUAAGAAUGAUAGCCAUCCAAAUAAAACCGCCAAGACCAAGCCUACUCUUCCUUUAAUCUUUAAUACAUCAAAAAUUGGCAUUUCUCCAAGAUCCUCACCUAAAAGAAUCAAUGAAAAAAUUGAACAAGAAAUUGUUGAUCUAACUUUGUCAAGAAAUAAAAACGAAGCUCAAGAAGACACAGAAGGUAUUCCAACCUCGGUAAAGGAAAUUACUGCUAAAUUAGGUACGAAAACAAUUGAAGUUGACCGUUUACAAAGAGAUGAAGAUACAGCGCCAAUAUAUUCAACCAAAGAUCAUUUUGUUGACGCAAGUGAGAAGCAAAACAAAAAUAAUAUUGCGGAUGAGAAGAAGGAAAUAGAAGAGCUGUCCCCUACUUCUAGGAGAAAACGUAUAUCAGAUGAAUUAGAAGCUAGUAAACAUAAAAUUAUGAAACCUGAGCCCAAGACAACGAACCUAAAAAGUCAGAUUACAGGAGAUUUAGAGGAAGAAAGUAGUAGAAAAGAAUCUAAUCUAAACAAAUACCUACAUCUUUCAAAUAAAGUGAAUUUUUUUGAUGAGUCAAAUGGCAACAUUGAGAAAUUUUCUGAAGUUGCCGCCUCUGGGACAACAUCAAGUGACCUUGACGUAUCAGCAUUGGAAUUGGCUUUAAAAAAUACCAAAAAGGAAUCCAUUGAUCAAAAUACCGAAUCCGCGAUUAUCACCAAUGGACAAUUAAGUGAAGUGUACAUGCAAAAGCUACGAAAAUCAGAAAAUACAGUGGCAUGUAGAUUCAAAGAGUUUUCUAAAAUUUUUUCUACCUUAUUUAAUACGUUAAAGACACAAGGGAGUUCAGUAAUUAAAAUUCUAGGGAAAGCUAACACAGGAAAAUCUCAUACUGUUGCUUCAGUUCUAAAGGAAUUGAAAUCUCCUGCUAUAAGGCAAGAACUUCCAACAUUUAGAGUUUUAGAAGCUAGUUGUUCUCCAAAGACAGGUAAAGCAGAAUUUUAUUCAUAUCUUUGGGCUCAAUUAUCAGGAUACGAAGAACCUGACAAUGAUAUUGCAAAGUCAUCCUUAGAAAUAUUCUUCAGAGAAGUGCCUCAAGGGAGAAAACAAAACACUAUAAUAAUCGUUGAGGACAUAAAUUUUAGAAAUCACUCAGAUAUAUUAAUAUUUAAAGAAUUACUAAAAUGGUGCAUGUUUAAGUCAUCAAAGCUUAUUGUUAUUUUCCUCUCAAACGAAGAGAAUCCACAUAAAAUAAAUUGGAAUAAACCUCUGCCUAAUGAUGUAAGAAUCCAUGAAAUUGUAUUUGAUGAAUUUCUUAGAAGCGACCUAUUCAAAAUUGCGAAACUUCGACUUGAAGGUGUCAGAAAUUCAAAGUUCUAUUUUGACAAGGACAAAAAUGAAUUAAUUGAAGUAACCAAUAUGUCUUCAGAAGAAAAAUUAAAACAAUUAGGGAGUCCUACAUUUAUCGUAAAUUUUGAUUCUGAUGCAAUAGAAUUAGGUGCUACUUUAAUAUCCGAAGUUAGUAUCGAUAUAUGUAUGGCAUUAUUGAUAUGCAAAGAGUCGAUUUUGAUUGCCCAUAGAAAAAAAGCUUAUAGCAGGGAUAAUAUAAUCCAUGUAAAUUUCAAACAUAUUCAAGAUGCAGUUACAAAUUUCAAUUUAGGUGAAAAACUAUUACAGAUUGUGCAGUUACCAAGCAUAUAUAAGUUAGUUUUAUUGGCGAUACAAAAUUUAUCCAGAGAGGAAGAUUCCAAUGCCAAUGGUUUAGUAGAAUUUGAAAAAAUACAAGAAGAAAUGUGUGAUUUGUUGAACAAAAUGAGAAAUGAGAAAUAUAUUUUUAAUUUAUAUCAACCGUUAUUCAUGUAUUCGAAUUCGAAAAAUGAGCGCUUAACUGUGGACAGUUUAGCCAUUAUUUCAUGGCCAUACAUUUUCAGAAAAUUACAGGAUAUUGGGAUUAUUGAAACUAAAAACACUUUCUUAUUAAAUCAGUCAAUGUUCAGACUUCUAUGCCACGAUGCGGUAGAUCAAGGAAUCGAACUAUGGAAAAAGGGCAAUGAACAUUAA